AUGAAAUUGAUUUAUGAUAUCGAAUUUCCUUCAAAUGUUUUGUAUUCACUCAAUUAUUACUUCGAUGAUAAUGAAGAUGACAAAUUUACAGAAUAUAUUUAUGGAACAAAUGAUACAGAACACAUUGAACGAAAUAUUGAUCUUCCAUCAAGUUUCACAUCAAGUGAUCACAAACUUCAUUACUUCUUCAAUGCCACAGGCUUAACUACGGAAACAUUCGAAAAUUCUUUCUCUCUUAUUUAUCACAAACCAACUAUUCAUCUUCUCACAGAUAAUGACAGAUCCAAUCUUCCUAUUUAUAUUCGUUCUGUCAAUGACACGAUUAGAAUUAGAGUUAAAAUUGAGGAUGAUGAUUUAAAUGACAAUGUAACUUCUAUUGCAUCUAUUGAAUCAACAUCAAUCUGCCAAACCAUUUCCAAAAUUGCUCCAUAUUCAAAUGAAUUCCAAAUAGUUCCAAGCUUUGAUGAAUUAAAUGAAGGAAUAAUUUUUGUUACAAUUUAUGCAGUAGAUGAGCAUGGCAAUAAUGCAUCAAAAAACGAAUCCUUUUAUUUUGAAUACAAAUAUAAUAAACCAGAGAUCGAAUUUCAAAGUGAAAGUAAUAUCUCUAGAAUCGGAAAUUUUAUCCGAAUUAAAUGCAGGGUAAGAUAUUACCGCAAAGGUGGAGUACUAAAGAUAGAAACUAACAUUACGAAUGAUGAUUUCAUUUCAACUAAUGUAAAGGAAUAUUUCAUUGAAGAUGAUUUAUUUAAUGAUAUCAAUAUUGAUAUUCCAAUUAAUCAAUUUUACGAAGGCAAUUAUUCUAUUUCUAUUUGCGUGUCAAAUGAGCAUGAUGAAAUAUCACAUUUCAUGACAUCCAAGUUUACACUUGAUGAUAUUCCUACACUUGAAGAUCUUCCAGAAAUCAAGAAAUUCAAGCAUUAUAAUAAAUUUACUCCUUUUAUCUUUUCCUCAAUUUCAAAGUAA